CUCGAAGGCCCCAAGGCCUAGAGUUCCAGUGCCCCCCAUUUUCCCUUGCGCUGGCCUCUCUCUGACUUCAACUUCUAUUUCACAACCUUGCAUCUCUUUAUCUUUCGCAGCCUGGAAACUACCCUCCCAUUUCCUAAUCCCUACAUACAACGCAUCAAUUCGCCUUGCGUCAGGAAAGCGUCUAUCGACAUCUCCCAACGGUUUCUCGCCUGCGAAUUCGAUCUGCGACUUAACCUUGAACCUUGAACAGGGCGGGUGCACGAACCGAGAUUCAACUUAUUUCAACGACGCGAAUUCCCUUCUGCUUCUGUUCCUUGACAACUACGGAGUCUUCUACGAUUGAAUCGAAUUUGUCAGAAUGCCUGCUCUUUGUGGAGGAUCUAAAACUGUGCAGCGAAAGCUGGUAUUGCUGGGUGAUGGUGCUUGUGGAAAAACAUCGCUGUUGAACGUCUUUACGAGAGGCUACUUCCCAACUGUCUACGAACCCACCGUCUUUGAGAACUACGUCCACGACAUCUUUGUCGACAAUGUCCACAUCGAACUCUCCCUCUGGGACACAGCAGGCCAGGAAGAAUUCGAUCGAUUACGCUCCCUAUCCUACGACGACACAGAUCUCAUCAUGCUCUGCUACUCCGUCGACAGCAAAGAUUCCCUCGAAAACGUCGAAUCCAAGUGGGUAGGCGAGAUCGCCGACAACUGCCCAGGCACCAAGCUCGUCCUCGUAGCGCUAAAGUGCGAUCUCCGCGAGCAAGGCGACGAGGAAGAGAACGAAUCAGGAGAACCGCGCGAGAAACGCCCCAUGAUCAACUACGACCAGGGUCUCGAGGUGGCGCGUCGCAUAAACGCCCUUCGAUACCUGGAGUGCUCUGCUAUGAAGAACAGAGGUGUUAACGAGGCCUUCACUGAGGCGGCGCGUGUUGCGCUGAGCGUCAAGAAGGAUCGUGAGGAGGGCGGAUGCACUGUUAUGUGAACAUGAUACGAUACGAGCGUAAUAUCGAAUACGAGAGCACCUGUCAUUGAGAACGAACGAAGCAGGGAUGAGACUCUAUUCGGCUCCAUGGUUAUUCUUUGCCCACUACGGGUAUUUCACUGUAUAUAUCGUGCGGCAUUAAGCACAUAGGGAAAUCUGGUGUUCUGCGUUGUUUUCUUUUUGCUAUUUACAGGCUAUUUUCGCUCGGAAUGCGAGGUAAAUUAGCGGGAGGAGUAGACUUACCUGCGGAAGUCAUUUUGUGCCUGCUCUAGCUACAACCACUUAUUUUUUAUGUCUACUUGUUCCAUCUCCCGGCAUGUGUUUUGUCUCUUCGUAUUGUUUAUUUAGCGCAUUCUUAAUGAGAUGAUUCUGAUUCUAGCUGGUGAGACCAAUCUACGCAAUGUGCCGAGACUUGAGGGGCAAAGUGCACAGCCACACUGAUGAGGGAUCAUGAUGAGAUAUCAGCAAAAGGUGAGGCCAAGCAUUGAC